AUGAUACGUUUCCUUCGCCGCCAAUGGCUCAAACCACCCUCUUUUCACCACCCUUUUCGCUGCAUCACGACGACAGCAGUCACAUCUCCAUCAACGACCCCUAAACUAAUAAUCACGCCUGGUUCUACCCAUCACAACGACCUACCGACCUUUUUGACGUAUGCGGAACGCGUCAAUCUCUCCGCCAAGUCCACCGUCUACGUCGGCACCCACUACGAAUACACCGUUGCAACCACCCUCCUCCGCCUCGGCUUCUCCCUCAUCCGCACCGGUCGCCGCGCGGACAAUGGGAUUGACCUCCUCGGCUAUUGGGCGAUCCCUACAUUACCCGAGCCUCUGCCUGUUUUAAUACAAUGCAAAGCGCAGAAGUCUGUUGGGCCGAACUAUGUUCGUGAGCUCGAGGGCGCGUUCGCGGGCGUGCCGGUAGAAUGGCGGCGGCGGGAUGUGCUAGGCUUGUUAGCGACGACGCAGAAGGCGACUCGCGGGGUGCUGGAGAUGAUGGGGAUGAACCGGUGGCCGAUGGGGUUCUUGAAGAUCACGAAGAAGGGUGUGGUGGAGCAGUUUGACGAGGACCCAGCGAAGAGAAAGAGGAGGAAGGUCAGGAAGGAGAAGGUUGCUAUAAGGAAAGAUAUCCAGCUGACUUGGUUGGGGAAGCCGAUUUUCGCCGAUCGCGAUUCUUUGGAUGAGAAGACUGUCCAGCUUGGAGAGGAGAUUAGCAGUGCGGAUGAGGAGCCUGAUGCUGAAGAGAAGCUAGUCAAGAUGAAAGAUGAAGGGGAGAAGAAGCGCCAAAAACCUGGGCCAAAGAAGGACUCCGAGGCGACCACCUCAAGAACGAAGCGAUCCCCUAAAAAGGCUCCUGUCGAAGAGAUUAAAGCUAAACCCGCCACUAAAAAGGUUGGACGUCCUAAGAAAAUAGUUGACGAGAAGGCUUCGGUCAAAGCAAGAACCAAGAAGGGCAUUACCCCUGAAAAAACGAUACGAAUGAAGGCGCCAGUUAAAACGAGGGCUAAAAGGAGUGCUGUUCCCGAGAAGGUCCCCAAAAGAAGAGCUAAGAAUGCUACCGCUUCUGAGAAUAAGACUGAAAAGAAGGCCGCGGUCAAGCCAAGAACUAAGAAGGGUGACGCCGCUAAAGAAACGGCUGGUGAUAUGGCACCACACAGGACGAAAACUAAGAAAGGGGCUGUGUCUGAAGAGAAGGCUACAUGA